AUGGGCGAGGGGCUUCCGGACUCCAAGUUGAGACGCAGGACCUCCUCGAUAUCGAUCUACAGCGGUACAGCACUCUCGCCACCUACUUCUCACGAUCUUGGUCCCCUUGGCACUCGCGAAGUCGAAUCCCUCACUCCAAACAAGAAGAAUAGGAGUAGAGACGGAGAGGAGCAGCGCGUUGAAGGAGAACACAGGCAUCCACAAGACGAGGAACAGGAGGAGGAACAGGACCAUCUCCUGACGGGGACUGGCCCCAAAUCGGAUCGAUCCCGCAACUCAUCUUUUGCUGAGAGUGAGGUGCUGGAAAUGGAUUUCCUCGCAUCAGAUGACGAUCUCAAUGAUGACGAAGAAACUGGGUUGACCGCUAAGGAACGUCGACAGAGAUGGAAACAACGCAGACGACAUCGCCGGGAACUAGAUGCUAGAAUAGUCGAGGUUAAAAUCUCCGAGGAUGGCCGCCGGCUGGCGGAUAGAGCAGUCGUCAAAAGACUAGGCGUGAAUGCUAUAUUGAUUGUAUCAUGGUAUAUAUUUUCGUUGUCGAUAUCAAUUUUUAUCCUAUCCUCCACUGUGCUCUACUUUGUCCCUUCGUUACGACCGCAUGACGCAUCCUUAUCUUCCCACUCCGUUGCUGGCCAGCAGCCGAAGCCCCUGAUGUCGAAGCAAUUCUACUUAUCAAGACUGGUUCCUUGUGGCGCUGCCACGUCUCUGGAUGUUGGAUUGGGGAACAUGUCUCUCCGAUUCAUCACCCUCACAUUCCUAACCAUGUGCAAGUCGUCCUCCCUUGCAUUCGUCCUCCUCUUUGCGUUUCUCUUCCGUCUGGAGACCCCCUCUCUAAAGCUCAUCCUCAUCAUCGGCACCAUGACCAUAGGGGUUGUAAUGAUGGUUGCAGGAGAGGCAGCCUUCAACGCCCUCGGCUUCAGCCUCAUCAUUGCAUCUGCAUUUUUCUCGGGAUUCAGAUGGGGCCUGACCCAGAUCCUCCUCCUCCGACAUCCUGCAACCGCAAACCCUUUCUCCAUGCUCUUCUUCCUCACCCCGAUAAUGUUUGUGUGCCUCACAGCCCUCGCAUUUGCCGUCGAAGGACCCCUGGCUAUCAUCAAGGGUAUUUCUAACCUGGCAGCCGAUGGAAUUUUGCGUGGUGUCGGCAUCCUCGUCUUCCCCGGUUGCCUGGCUUUUUGCAUGAUCGCGUCGGAAUUCGCGCUCCUCAAGCGCUCCUCCGUUGUCACCCUAAGCAUCUGCGGCAUCUUCAAAGAAGUCAUCACCAUCAGCGCCGCCGGCAUCGUCUUCCACGAUCCAUUGACCCCAAUCAACGUUUCUGGCCUCAUCAUCACUAUAGGCGCCAUUGCCUCUUACAACUAUAUUAAAAUCACGAAAAUGCGCCGCGAAGCCCGUCUCGAUAUUGUCGAGAGCGUCAAUCCCACCGACGUCGACUCAGACGAGGAGGAGUCAAUAAUACCCUCCGCCAGCAGCAAUCCGUUCGUCAGUAAUGACACCAAUAGCAACACUACUACUUCCACUACUACUAAUCAUCAUCAUAAAAAUAAUAUCGGCAACACUAAUCUAUCAACUCGCCUCGGCCUCUCUCGCAACACAUCACCAACCAGCAAGGAUGGGAAAUAUAUCCCCGUAGACACCAACAUCCCAACAGACGAAACUACCCACCUCGGCCCCAGCGAAGAUCGUGGGCGCCACUCCAUCCGCGCCAGGGUCGGUGGAACAACAGGUGCAUCUUCGUCCCUGGUAGCCGCCGCAGCAGGAGCAUCUGGCGCGGGGUCUCCGCCCGCGCUCCGCUCUCCUCUUCGAAGCAAUAUGCCCCCAGGUGGCAGCGCUGUCGAUGACAGUACCCUCAGUGUUAACGGCUCAUCGUUGUCCUCGUCGUCGUUGGCAUCGGCAGCCCGCGUGCCGUCGCCAGGGAAUCUGCAGCGGAGUUUGAGUUGGAAGGGUAGAUCGGUUUCUCCGAAGACGCCGUUGCCGGACAAGAUGAAUCGGGAUUGAGGACUUUUCGUCUAUAUUUUUCAGUUCCUUUGUGUCUCCCCUUCUUCUUCUUUUCUUUUCUUUUCUUCUUCUUUUUUUUUUUUUUAAAUAACUCUCCUUUCUGGAUAGGCUUGGGUUUGUUCUCGUACCUUGUGGCCGCAGCGUCUGUCUUCUGUUUUUGAGAGGUGGGCUCUGGCCUGGUUCCUGAUUUCUUGGUUCCUGUUUCUUAUUUUCUUGUUCAUUUUCCAUUUCUUCCUUACUUACUUGGGGAUUUAAGUUAGUUCCCAUGGUACGGGACUGGACAAUAAAGCGAUACAUCAGUGAGACCGCGUGCAAUUGAUUGAUUGAAUUCCCUCUUCGUCC